AUGCCUGUCUCCUCCAAUUAUCCACACGUCGACAUCCCCAAUGUCGACCUGUGGACCUUCUUAUUUGAGCGCAAAGACCGUGCCUUCCCGGAUGACAAGAUCCUCUACCAAGAUGCCGAGACAAAGCGCCACUACACCUACCAGUCGUUGAAAGAGGCCGCUCUCGAGUUUGGCAAGGGCCUCAAGGCGACCUACGACUGGCGCAAGGGAGAUGUCCUUGCCCUCUUUACCCCGAACAGUAUUGACACCCCGGCCCUCAUGUGGGGUACCCUCUGGGCCGGCGGCAUCAUCUCGCCCGCAAAUCCCGCCUAUACAGUGGAUGAGCUCGCCUUCCAACUCAAGAACUCUGGCGCGAAGGCGCUUGCGACGCAGGUCUCGGUCCUGAAAGUUGCCACCGCGGCGGCGAAGAAGGCCGGCAUCCCGGAAGAUCGUAUCCUCCUGGUCGGGGACCAGCGAGACCCGGAUGCGCGAUUCAAGCACUUCACUUCCGUGCGGAACAUCUCCCGUGCGACUCGGUAUCGCAAGCAGAAAAUCACACCCGACUCGGAUUUGGCUUUCUUGGUAUACUCCUCCGGUACGACUGGCGUGCCCAAGGGCGUGAUGCUGUCGCACCGUAAUAUCGUUGCCAAUAUUUUGCAGCAAGUGACAGGCGAAGGUGGAAAUCUGAAAUGGAAUGGAGGCCCGGAUGGAAAGGGUGACCGUGUGUUGGCAUUUUUGCCGUUCUAUCAUAUUUACGGAUUGACUUGCUUGAUCACUCAAGCCUUAUAUAAGGGCUAUCACCUCAUUGUCAUGACGAAGUUCGAUAUCGAGAACUGGUGCGCGCACGUCCAGAACUACCGCGUCACGUUCAGUUAUAUUGUGCCCCCCGUGGUCCUUCUUUUGGGCAAGCACCCCGCAGUAGACAAAUACGAUCUGUCCAGUCUGCGAAUGAUGAACUCCGGCGCAGCGCCCCUCACGCAGGAGCUGGUAGAGAGUGUUUACGCUCGUAUCAAGGUUGGCAUCAAGCAGGGAUAUGGACUCAGUGAGACUAGCCCUACCACACACUCGCAACGCUGGGAGGACUGGCGCGAGCAUGUCGGCUCUGUUGGUCGACUGAUGCCUAACAUGGAAGCAAAGUAUAUGAGCAUGCCCGAGGAUGGCUCUGAACCCCGCGAGGUUACCGUCGGUGAAGUUGGCGAGCUAUAUCUGCGUGGACCUAAUGUCUUCCUAGGCUACCACCAGAACCCCGCUGCAACCCGCGAGUGUCUCUCCGAGGAUGGCUGGUUCCGAACUGGUGAUGUCGGCUAUCAGGAUGCCAAGGGAAAUUUCUUUAUCACUGACCGCGUCAAGGAGCUCAUCAAGUAUAAGGGCUUCCAGGUUCCUCCUGCCGAGUUAGAAGGUAUCCUGGUCGACAACGAGUCUAUCGAUGAUGUCGCGGUAAUUGGCAUCGAGAGCGAUGCUCACGGCUCAGAGGUACCGCUGGCCUGUGUGGUCCGAAGUGCCAAGAGCAAGAGCUCAGGUGCUAGCGAAGCGGAUGAAGCUGCCAAUAUCGUGAAAUGGCUGGAUGGUAAAGUCGCUCAUCAUAAGCGGCUUCGUGGUGGCGUGAAAUUUGUGGAUCAAAUUCCGAAGAACCCGAGCGGAAAGAUCCUGCGGCGCAUGUUGAAACAGCAAUUCAAGGAUGUGGGCAAAGGACCGAAGGCCAAGCUGUAG